ACUCCUGAAAAUAUUGAUUGGUAUUUCAAGGGCAUUCAUUCUAUUGUGAUACUGAAGCAAUUAGAAAAAUACACUGUUUCCAAAACGUUUUUACAAUUUUUCAUUAAAUAGUGGAAGGUAAAUAAGUAAAAAAUUAAAGGAGUGAAGAUAAAAGUGAGAUAUAUCAAGAGCUGCUAUGAACCAUGGAUACAGAAACAGGAGAGAUGAUAGUCAAAAGGGUGAGUGUUCCUUUAGGAUUGGAAGAAUUAAUGGAGGGAUUGGUAAAGGAAGUUCUGUUGAAGAAACCUGAUGAUAUCUAUCUUUUUGCUGCAAGAUAUUUUACCCACUUACUCAGUAUCCGGGAUAAAAGUCAGAUACCUCACUGCAAAACAAGAACACUAAGGAGUGUACAAACUUUAAUAGAAAAACCUGAGAAAUUUUCAUCGAUCAAAGCCUCUAGACUGUCUAAGCAAUUUAGUGUUAGAGAUGAUGCCUCAGAUACCCCAAUUAUUACCCAAAAACCCAAAAUGUACUCUAGAAAUGAGCUUAAAUAUAAACGAAGACAUACAGGACCUCCAGCCAUUUUAGAAAUUGCUCAAAAAGAUGACAUACGAAAGAAGUAUGCCAGAAGUGUUUCAACUGAAAAGUAUAAGCCUAUACUGGAAUCGAAGAAUAGAAAUAGUAAAGAGAAAUCGAAUGAUUCUAACCAAAAAAUUAGUAAUAGUUAUAAAACAUCAUAUACUGGUAGUAAACUAUCAGUACCCACCAAAAAAAGGGAUAAGGAGAUUGUGGACACAGCCAUGAAAAAUUCUAAACCGUUACACAAAGGAGGUAUAAAAAUCGAUCAAGAAAAGAUACCAACUAAUCUAAAGGCAGAACGUAACGAAGAGAAACUAAACGAAUCUAGCAGUAGUACUGGUGCUGAAGUAAAAUCGCUUCCUCCAGAUGAUAAAACAAGUAGAGAAAGUAAUGAGCUAUUGAGUGGGCAAAAUCAUGAUUUGACUAAAACAGAUCAUCAAACUCCAACUUUAUCUAAAGAUAAUAAAGAAGUUUCUAAAAUAGAUAAUGGGAAAACUAAGAAACCAAAUGUUGAAGAUAAACAGCACAAAAAUCCCCAACAAAGUGAGUUGAAAUCUAUCAAAACGUUAACUGAUGAUGAAAUUAGUAGAAUAUUGUUAACUAGUAUAUCUAAUGAUGGUACAAAUGCUCACAAGAAUGAAGAUAAGAAAGAUUCAUCUACAAAGGAAAUGAAAACAUCGGAAUUAAAAAAUGAUAAUGCGAGUGAAAACGAAACUACGUCGGUAGUAUUUGACAGCAGUACUAAGGAAACACAGAAUGUUAACAAAAAUAUCUCUCUGGAAACAACUGAUAAAAUUCAACAACAAAAACCUAAGGUAGAUGUUAUUAGUGACGAUAGUUUGGAAUUGAAUGAAGACUUGGAAGAUGAUGUAUUAGAUGAAGAAAUUAAAGAGUUUGAUUCUACAAAUAUGUUCACAAACAAAGAAAAAUUGGAUGAAACUAAAUCAAACCCUCCAGAGACGGGCAAAGUUUCAAUGGAAAUAUUCGAGGAGAAAAGGAAGGAAAACAAUGCCGCAGAAAUGACAAAACAUAAAUCAGUAGAUGGAUUGAUACAUGCAGAACUUAAUACCUUUGAAAUAGAAAAUGAACACAUAGAGCAAAAUGACCAUGAAUAUGAUAAAAAAAUUUCAAGAAGUAAUGACAGAGAUUACAAUAAUACCGUGAAAAUACUAAAUAUAACGUCAAAUAAAAUUGAUUCAACCAAUAGUAGCAAUGAAAUCACCACGGAAAGUUUGAAAAAAGCUGAUACAACUGAAAGUAGUUAUACUAAUAAGGAUAAAGAUGGAAUUAUAGAAAAAGUAGAUACGAAGAAUAUCGGCAUCACAGAAAGCUAUUCUAAGAAAGAGGAUGGACAAAAAUUAAACAAUAAUCUUUCAAUAGCUGGUGAUGGUAAAUCAGAGUCAGAAAUUACAGAUAACGUUAAUAAUACUGGCAUUAAAGAUGAAGAAUAUAAAUCUGAAUCUGCAACAUUAAGAAAGGUAGAAUCAUCAGGAGAAACAACUUUUAAAAAUUUUGAUGAAGCAGUAGCUAAUGCAAAAAUAAUGUCUGAAAAUACUGGCGAAUACAAAAAUGGAUCGACACAGCUAAAUGAUUCUAUUGAUAAGAAACUAGAUAGUAAUAUUCUAUCUGAGGGAAGUGAUGGUAUGAGAACAGGAGUAGAAAUUACUAGUAUAGAAACUGAUAACAGCACUAAUUUUAAUCAACUUUCAGAACAUGAAAAUGAAACGGAAAGUGAAGCGAAGAAUGAAAAAUUAGUUUCUUUACUAACCACAGGGGAUAGUACAAAAUCAGAGAAUAAUGGAAAUAGAAUGCUGGAAACUAGUUCUCACAAUAAAGGAGACAACGAGAUAGUGGAUGAAAACAUGAGAAAUUCUUAUGACUUGAACCAUACCAUAAGUAAAAAUAAUAAUGUAGACUUGUCUGGAGCAAGAAAUGAAAAUAAUAAACCUGAGAAUAUUUCAGAAGAUAUGGAUUAUUCAUCAAAAAAUGGAACUUAUACAAUUAAUGUUCUUAAAACAACACAUUCCGAUGAUGCUCAAAACACAUUAAGUGAUUGUAAUGGCCUAUUUACUGAUGAACAUUCAUCUAGUGGUAACACUUCUGCUCGCGAAGAGGAUCUUGGAAUCCAUGGAGAAAUGAACGAAGAACUCAAAACAACUAAAACAACAGAAAAUGGAGAAAAUGUCGCUGCUGAAAAAAGAGAGAUCGUCAAAGGAGAUACAAUAUUCCCUGAAGUGAAUUCCAAGAAUAUUGAAAAUACGGAAGAUAACAUAAAAACUCCGAAGAAUGUUAUUAAUACGGAAACUGAAAAACAUAAAACACAAGAUGUUAAAAAUGGAAUCGAACAGGAAACCCCGAAUUCAAAUAUCAAUUACUCAGGAGAAUACAAAAAUAGAAAGACUGAAAAUAUUAUAGUUCGGACUAUGGAGAACAGUGAAAAAAUAAUUGAUUCUGAAGCUGAAAAAACAGGAAAGAUUGAAGAUGCUUUCCAUGAAAAAAACAUAAGUAAUGAUUUUGCGAGAGAAUACUCUUCUAAUGAAGGUCACGAAACAACAAAUGAUAAUGAUGAACAUGGGAAGGUUCAAGAUAUGGAAUCAGCAAAUAAAUUGAUACAACAAACCAAUGUACUUGAAAAAGAUGAUAGUUCUUCGGAUCUAAAAUCUCUGAAAAGUAACUCCGAGGAUGUGCACAUAUUUAGUGUUGGAAAUGAUAAUACAAAGACAGAUUCGCCACUUGGUACAAACUCUGAAAAUUUGGAAGAAACUGAUAUGGUAGAUCGGGUAGCUAAAAAUUAUGUCAAUUAUAUUAUCGAUAACGAUAGAAUAAUGCAACUUCAUACUAAUAGCUCUGGUGAAGACAUUGAUAACCAUAUUUCUACAACUAAUAAAUCGCAAGGUGACAAUGGUGGUAAAAGUGAUAUAAUGUCAGAAGAUAAAAAUGGAGUACUAACGAAAACCAGUGCCAAGGAUUCAAGUUGCAAUGAGAAUGAUAAUAAAACUCAAAAUAAAUCAUUAGUUGGUGAUAAUAAUAACCAAAUGGACUCAAAUUUCAUAGAAGUACAAAACGAACAACAUGCAGAUAGUAAUAAACGUGAAACUGACGAAAUUAUUACUAAAAGUGAAGUGUGUGGUCUAACCACAUCUACCGCAAUGAAUCAUCAUAUCAAAUAUAAUGAUGAUUUUCAAAAUAAACAGUAUGAUAAAUCUGAUCAGAAUAAAGAAUUGCUAAAGUUGAAUCAGAAUCCUGGGAAAAAUCAAAUUCAAUCUGAGCUUAAUGAUAAUGAGAUUAACAAUAAUGAAACUAGACAAGGCACAAGUUUUAAUCCAAGCACUGCGUCAAUGGAAGAUGAUAAUGAAAAACUUAUAGAGAAAGAUGCGGAUGCUUCCGAACACACAAAGAAAAAAUUUCCUAAUAAAGAUUUGAUUGAAGCAACUCUUUCUAUUUCAGAAAACGGAUUGAUUGUCAAUAAGGUCAAGCAUUUUCUCAAUGAUUUCAUAAAAUCGGAGCAGCAGCAUGUGUAUAAGAUCAAACCUACGGAUGACCCAGAGACUAAGAGACGUAGUGAAGAACUAAUUGAAAAUAGAAGCGUGCCAGGCAAAAUAUCAAGUUCUAAGCUUCGCGAAGAAUUGAAGAAGGUUGAGGAAGAAUCUCAAUUCACCAAUUUCAAUUCUACUUUUAAUCCAAUUCUACUACACAAAGAAAUAGAAGAAAUUUAUAAGAACAAAGUAUCUAAUGGGAAAAUUUCCAUUGGUCAAGUUGAUUAUCAAUUGGUCAAAUAUGACUUAGAACCUGAUAAAUUGGAAAAAACCGUCAACUCUGUUCUAAAAAUCCAAUCUAUGUGGAGAGCAUUCAUGGUUAGAAAAGCCCUUAAAAAGGUGAGUCCUGAACCAGGUAAUAUUAUAAAAACGCUAAUGAAUGGCACUGGGAGCGUAAAUAUCAAUAAAACAGAGAAUAUAAGAGAUAGUAAUGUCAUUGAAGAAAAUAAGUACGCGUAUUCCAGUUUUACGAACUUUGAGAAACUAGUUGAAGCUGUCUUGAGAAUUCAAGCCACUUGGAGAGGAUAUAAUGUUAGAAAAAGUAUCAAACACAUUGACAGACGGGAGAUUGGCGUAACAGGUAGCGGAAUAAAGAAUGAUAAUGAACCAGAACAGAGAGCAAAAGAUAGUAAAUGUAAUGAAACUAUUUCAUAUAAUUCUCCAAAUAUAGGUAAGCAAUUAGCAGAUUCCGAUUUAGAUAAUACAGAGCUGAAGAGAAUUGCCGUGGCUGUAGUAAGGAUUCAAGCAAUGUGGAAAGGUUACAAAGUACGAAAUCAUAAGAAGAAAAAUACUACCAACAAUGAUUUGAGAAAGGAAACCAGAAAUGACGAAGAUACCAAUAUUUUAUUAGAAACACAUGUAGUGGUUGAGGGCGAAUCUAAGGAUAAUAAGGAUGCGGCAACGUCUGAAAAUUCUUGGAGUAAAAAAAGAGAAGUUCCGAAGAAUCCAGAUAUUUUGUCGGAAGUAUAUGCUGCAAUAAUCAUUCAAAAACUUUGGAGGGGUUUUAGAAUUAGAAAAACUUUAUUAAAUAAAAAUAAUGACAAAUCUAGCUCUCCUACAGAAGAAAGCGCCAGGAAGAAGACACCAAUAGAAAGUCCGCCAGAAAACAUCGCCGUUCAUAUGCAAGGAAAACUAGAGAGUAUACAAGAAACAAAAUUUGAGGAUAAAGAAGAUGUUAUUAAAGUUGAUAAAAAAUCGGAGAGUCAAAGGAUCAAUUUGAAUAACAAAGGACGAGAAACGUACUUCAGUAAAGAUUCAACUGACUCUCAAAGCACGGUGAUACACAAUGAAAGUCAGGACAGUACUAAAAUCUCAUUGCCACGUUUUCAUUCAGAAAGUAUGGAUCCUUUAUUAAAUGAAAUUUCCAACUAUCCUAUAACAAAAGAAGAAAAUCUUCUUGAUGAUUACCAAAAUAAGUUGUUAAAUAAGAUUUCUGGUAAAGAAGAAGAAAAUUAUGAUGAUUUGAAAAGAUUGGAAAAAAUAAUAACUCCCAGAGCUAUCGACGAUCUUAAUUUAGAAUCUUUUAAAACUAGUGAUUCAGCAUUUGGCUCUGUUUUACCUAAAGUCGAUAAAAUCGAAUCAAGAGAUAAAAAACUAACAAGAUCAUUGGGAUCAAAGCUAGAGAUAUUAGAAGAAGAAGAAGGAUCCAAUGUAGAAGAAGAUAAAAAUGAAAUGGAUCAUAUUUCUGAAAAGACUAGAGUAAAUGAUAAAAUGCAGAAUACAGAAAAUAGUGAAAAAAUUAAAAUUGAAAAUAUAGAUACGUUGAAUGAAUCUAAAAAUGACAAAACGAAUUUUAUUGACGAUAAAAAAAGUUCGAGUUUGGAUGAAAUAAAAAACAAUACGCUUAAUGAUAAUGGUCAUGUAGAUAAUAAAAAAGGAGAAGAUAAGCCUAAAAAUACGUUAGAAGUUGACAUAAAAUUAAAAAACAAGAGCGAAAGUAAUUUACCCAAUGAAGGAAUGGAAUACGAAACAAAAGAUUAUCCAGAAGUAAAAAUCGAAACGGAAAGCAAUGAAAUUGAUAAAAAUGGAUUGAAAAACAAUUGUGUAGAUCAGAAAGAAGUAGAUAAUUAUAGUGAACUGAAAAAAGAAAUAGGCCAUAACUCGGAUACAAGAUCAGAAUCAAAUAUCAAUGCAGGAACAAAAGAUUCCGAAGAAAUGGUAGACAGUAAUAAUGAAUUCAAUAAUACAAUUGUCAGUAAUGGCUGUGAUACCAAGCUAUUAGAAUAUGAACAUGAGGUAAGAGAAAUUGAAGGACAUGAGUUUGUGACAAAGGAAAAUAUGAGCAUAGAUAAUUUACCCAAUAAAGGAGUAGAGCAUAAAUUAAAAGAGAUUUCAAAGUUAAACAUAGAAACCAAACAAACAAAUGCCGCAAUUAAUAGUGGCUUAAAUGAGGCUCAUUUUGAGAAUAAUGAAUUGAGAAAUAAUUGUGAGGUUAAGAAAGAAAUAGAUGAUUAUAGUAAACUUAAAAAAGAAAUUAGCAUUCAAUCAGAAUCACGUUCUGAAACCAAUGCCAAUGGUAAAUCGAACGAUUCGGAACAAAAGGUAGACAAUAAUAUGAACAUUAAUAAUAAUAUUGGAAGUAAUGACAGUGGAAGCAAACUAUUAGAAUAUGAACAUGGAAUGAGGGAAACUGAAGAAAAUCAAUUUUCUGCCAAUAAUUCUCUAACACACAUCACUUCUACCAACGGAAGUACAGAUAAAAGACACCCGGACAUCGAAAACGUUGGCAAUAAUAAUGGGAAAACAACUAAUUGCGCUCCCAGCACUUCUAAUAAUUUCCAAAAGGUUGAGAAGGAUCCUAUUGAUCAAAAUAAAAUUUCUAUUUCUAUUCCUAUUGAAAAAAAGCUAGAGGAAGAUAGAGGAAUGAAUGGAAGUUUAUACAAGGAUAUUGGGAGCGAAGGAAAGUUAUUAGAAUUAAAAUCAGACCCCAAGAUAGAAGCUGAGAAGCACAUGAAUAGUCUAGAAUUACACAAUUCUAUGGGAGUAAAAAAUGAAACGGAUAACGCUGAAAAUACUUCUGUAAGUAGCUCUAAUUUAGAGAACAAUGGUAAGAUGGAAAUUGGACGAAAUAGUACCGAGUCAGAUAUAAAAUUGGAAGAAAAAAAAGAUAGCAGUGACAAUGUUGUAGAUGCAAUUAAAUCAUCUGUAGAUGCGGACAACAGUACCGAUGGAAAAAUAACACCGUUUCCUGUACUUCAAAAUGAUCAACAAGAUUCAUCUUCUCUACAUAAAGAAAAAGGUAGGGAUCUAUAUACAUUCUGUUCAAUACCUACACCUUUUUCUACAAAUGAUAAAGUUGGUGAAUAUUCUCCACCAAUUGAUGUAGAACAUCCGUUAUCUUCUAGUAAUAAAUAUAAGGCAAAUGAAAUGAAACAAAGUGAAGUUCUUAAAAAUGGGACGUUAGUUAUACCACUUCCUAUUGAAGUGCAAAAAACAUUGAAAGAACAAAAAAAAGAAAAUUCAGUAGAUGGUGAAGUAAAAAAAUCCGCUUCUUUAGAAGGACUUUCUUCGUUAUUAUCAAAUACUAGCAUGCAUUCAGGAAAACACGAUACUGUUAUGGUCCCAAUGGAUCAACAUGAAAGUAUUGAUAUUGGCAGAAGUCAACCUAUAUCUGUUAAAUUAUGCCAGACUUCAGGUCAAGUAUAUCUUAUAAUAAUUUUGUCGUUGACAUCAGAUAUCAAUGCAGAUGCUGAAAACAUGACGUCGCAACGUCCACCUUCAACGCUUAACGUCACAGACGUCUCUACGGAUGCCGCCGUCGAACAGAAGAAUGCGCAGAAGCUGGGAAAAGGCGACUUACAACAACCGAAGGCGGAAAACGGUUACAGCGCCGACAACAGUAUUUCGCAGCGAGAGACUAUGGAAAGUGAAAAACGUAGGAAAAUUGACAGAGGAAAAAACAUGGAAGCAGAAGCAGCUACGAAAAUUCAAGCAGGAUUUCGAGGAUAUCAGGUUCGAAAGCAACUGAAACUCAAAAAUGGUUCUUCUGACAUGAACACAAGAAAGUCGUCCAUGAAAUCGAAAUCAUCCGGAUCAGAUACAUCAAAAAGUCAAUCUUCGGAUCUAGAACAGCAAUCAGCUGUUAAGAUUCAAGCUGGCGUUAGAGGAUUUCUAGUAAGAAGAAGACAAAAGAAGCAAAGCAAUCAAGCAUGAACACAAGAGUUCUCAUAUAUUAAUUAAAUAUAUUAUUUAUGUUAAAGUAUUAUCUGGUCGUUUUUCAUAAACAUAAUAUUUUCUGAAUGCAUUGAUAAAUAAGUAGAACACAUAUUUAUAUAUAUAUAUAUAUAUAUAUAUAUAUAUAUAUAUAUAUAUAUAUAUAUAUAUAUAUAUAUAUAUAUAUAUAUAUAUAUAUUAAAUUAUGAAAUUGGGAAUAUUCGGAAUUUCCCACUUCUUUUUUUUAUAACUACACAUUUUUUCUUUCAUACGGGGUCAUAACCUCGUUUACUCAAGAUAGAUAAUGCUAUGUUUGAGAAAAAUGACCCAAAGGGUCCUUACUGAUGAAAAGAGGUACACAAUAAUAAUAUAUAAUUGUUAAUUAUUGUUAUUCAAAAUAGUUUCACCUAUCAACACAAGGGCACUUUGAAAAUAAUUAAAGGAAUUAUUCACCACUUAGACCGUGAUAUUUUAGAUUUUAGUUUUAAAUGUUGUAAUGGAAUACAUAUGUAUAACACGCGAAAUGUACAAGUUUUUGUAGUAAAAGUAUUUUCUAU